AAGUAAUGUAACUUAGAACAUUUGGUUGCUUUUCGAAAUUUCUAAAUGUUUUCAACUGUUAACCAUUUUCAAAAGAAAGCUUGAGAAGCAAUUUAACUGGAAAACAGGUGGCGCUACAAAUUCAAACAUGAGAACCAAUCAAAAGCAUCAGGAUAGCAUCAAGUAACUGUAAUUUAAUUACACAUUUUACCCAGUAACUAACAGAUUAGGCUACAGUUACAUUUAUUUUGUAAUUAAAUUAGGCCUACAUAACUAAAUUACAUGCAACUAGUUACUCCCCAUCAGUGACUGUCGAGCAGAGGUGUACUGAUGUAAUCAAACUGCAAUAGCUAACGCCACAUUGUGAUCAAAAACAACUGGAGGCCUAAUUCUUCUUUAAAAAAAAAAAGUAGCCUACGUCAAUUCUACAAAUGCAAAAAUACAGAAACUGACCUGCUUCAGUCAACAGUGGCACAGAAACACAUGUAAACACUGAGGAACCUCAGACCCAUUGCUUUGGCUUUUACACUAGCAUUUUCUAGGCAGUGCUUCAAUGUAAAGAAACGCAUUAACGUGAUCUUAAUCGAUUUUUAAUUGUUCAAAUCAAAGCAACGCUGUAAUAGACUACCAUACUCGCCUAUGUGCUCCUGAUGUUGUCAAAAGCAAACUUAAUCACACAUUCCUCAAAAAGCCCCCUCACCCAACGGGAUAUAUCAGUUAGCAUCUGGUUGUUAAUUGAUGUUUCUGUGUCUCCUCCUGUGUGUAUAUCGGGCCCGUGCCUCCAUCGCGCUCACUCCGGACGACGCGCGCAUACGUGCGUGUGCGCGUUAUUUGCUCUCCGUUUAACCUCGGAACAGCGAUUCGAGGCGACUCGACACAACCGCUCGCGCUCUCUCUCUCUCUCUCUCUCCUCGCCCCCUCCUCUUCCUCCUCCUCCACCUCCCUCCCUCCUCUUCCUACCUGAUUCAGAUCCGCUCCGACGCUAUGCGUGUGACCGCGUCUCUCUCUGCAAGGCAAGGCGAGCACCACCGGAGAGACCCGCACGCUGCCGCUGCUGACCGCCGGCUGACAAGCGACCCAGGCCGGGCAACAGGAGCGGGGAGACGCCGCCGCUGAUUGACCUCCGCCGGAGGAGAAGGCGGAACAAAUUAACGGGCAAAGAUUUGGCCCUGGAUAAAGAGAUCGGCAAGAGGACGAGUGUGGUGUCCCGGAGCCUGCUGUCCCAUUCGUCACCCUCUCCUCUCUUCCUCUACUUAGCCAAGCUUUCACCUCGCCAAACUCCACACCUCCAUCUUCCAUCUCUCCCACUUCUCUUUAUUCAGAAGUCCUCGUCGUCUUUUGCUGCCGGCAAACUUUGCAGCCAUUUCCACAUCUGUGUCUUCUCACUUUCUCUGUCCUUCUUCCCAUCUCGCUGGUCUCUUCCCUAUCUCUCUCUCCCUUCCUUCGCUUUCGACUGUGAGCUUGUCAUGGCUUCUAAGCUAAACCCCAACGUCCUGUAUGUGGCGGAGCACGGCGAGUCGCUGGGGUCGCCCCAAGCGGACUCUGAAAGGACUCAUAUUGCUGGGGAAGCUGGAGAAGAGUCGUCAGACAGCGAGGGGGAACAAGAAGAGACAUCGCACAAGUUGAUCCGCAAGGUGUCCACCUCGGGACAGAUAAGGGCCAAGAAAAGUGUGAAGGAGGGAAUCCUGUUAAAGCAGACCAGUUCCUUUCAGAGGUGGAAGAGGAGGUACUUCAAACUCAGAGGGAGGACCCUCUACUAUGCCAAAGACUGCAAGUCUCUGAUUUUUGAUGAAGUGGACCUAUCAGACGCCAGUGUGGCCGAGACCAGCACCAAGAACAUCAACAACAGCUUCACGGUGAUCACUCCAUUUCGCAAACUUAUGUUAUGUGCCGAGAGCAGGAAGGAAAUGGAGGACUGGAUCAGCGCUCUCAAAUCCGUCCAAAAAUGGGAAACCUAUGAGGCCAGCCAAUUCAACAUGGAGCAUUUCUCUGGGAUGCACAACUGGUACGCCUGCUCGCACGCCAGACCGACCUUCUGCAACGUCUGCAGAGAGGCUCUGCCAGGCGUCACCUCCCACGGCCUGUCCUGUGAAGUUUGUAAGUUCAAGGCUCAUAAGCGCUGUGCAGUUCGCUCCACCAACAACUGCAAAUGGACCACACUGGCCUCCAUAGGAAAUGACAUUGUUGAGGAUGAGGACGGGGUGUUCAUGCCGCACCAGUGGCUGGAAGGUAACCUGCCGGUCAGUGCCAAAUGUGUGGUGUGUGACAGGAACUGUGGCAGUGUGCGGCGGCUGCAGGACUGGCGCUGCCUCUGGUGCAAAGCCAUCGUCCACAACAGCUGUAAAGAACAAAUGGGGAAGGUGUGUCCCUUGGGUCAAUAUCGAGUGUCAAUCAUCCCUCCCACUGCACUUAACAGCAUCGACUCGGAUGGCUUCUGGAAGGCCGCCUCAGCGUCAUGCACCAGUCCUCUCCUGGUCCUGGUGAACUCCAAAAGUGGAGACAACCAGGGGGUGAAGUUCCUCCGCAAGUUCAAGCAGCUUCUCAACCCGGCGCAAGUCUUUGACCUGAUGAACGGAGGACCAGAGCUCGGCCUACGCCUUUUCCAGAAGUUUGUGACGUUUCGUAUCCUGGUGUGCGGAGGAGACGGCAGCGUGGGCUGGGUGCUCUCAGAGCUGGAUAAACUCAACCUCCAUAAACAGUGCCAGCUCGGUGUGCUGCCUCUGGGCACAGGUAACGACCUGGCUCGUGUUCUGGGCUGGGGAGGCCUCUGUGACGAUGACGCUCAGCUGCUGCAGAUCCUGGAGAAGCUGGAGAGAGCCACCACCAAAAUGCUGGACCGAUGGAGUGUGAUGACGUACGAGGUGCCCACAACAACUAAACGCACACCAAUAGUGAAAGAAGACGACUGCCUUGAUUAUCCUCUGCAGACCCACAUCACUCAGUAUGCUGACUCCGUGGCCUCCCACCUCGCCAAGAUCCUGGACUCGGACAAGCACAGUGACGUCAUUUCCUCUGCCAAGUUUCUGUGUGGGACGGUGAAUGAUUUUGUGGCGGAGGUGGGGAAGGCGUACGAGAGAGCCACAGAGAACAAGGAGGAGGCAGAUGCGAUGGCCAAGAAGUGUGCAUUGCUGAACGAGAAGCUCGAUUCCCUUGUCAAGGCCUUAAGUGAGGAAGCAGAGGCCCAGGUGGUGCCAGCUGGUUCGGUGCCCAGCCAGGAGAGUGGCGGCUCCAGCCCCAGCGAAAGUGGCGGCGAGUCGGGUUCAGAGGGUAAAACGUACCGGUCCAAGGAGCAGCUGAUGCUCAGGGCCAACAGCCUGAAGAAAGCCCUGAGGCAGAUCAUCGAGCAGGCCGAGAAAGUGGUGGACGAGCAGAACCGACACACGCAGGUCCAGAGGAUGUCAUCCUCGUCCUCCAUCAAAAGAGAAAACAGCGAGGACCUGAAGGAUGCUGAGCCGCGCCAAGGAAGCUUAAGCCCCACCUCCCCCAUUGUCCUUGAGAAACCAGAGAGCCUCAACACUGUCGCCUACAGCGAGGAGUCUGUGCAAUGUUCAGAGAAGUGUGUGAUGAACAACUACUUCGGCAUCGGCCUGGACGCCAAGAUUUCCCUCGAGUUCAACAACAAGAGAGACGAGCACCCAAAGAAAUGCAGCAGUCGCACCAAGAACAUGAUGUGGUACGGAGUGCUGGGGACUAAAGAGCUGGUCCAGAAGACGUACAAGAACCUGGAGCAGAGAGUUCAGCUGGAGUGUGACGGUGUUCCCAUGUCUCUGCCAAGUCUGCAGGGCUUAGCUGUGCUCAAUAUCUCGAGCUACGCAGGCGGUAUCAACUUCUGGGGAGGCACCAAGGAGGAUAAUAACUUUGGUGCUCCAUCAUUUGACGAUAAGAAGUUGGAGGUGGUGGCGGUGUUUGGCAGCAUGCAGAUGGCCAUGUCCAGAGUCAUCAACCUGCAGCACCACCGCAUUGCACAGUGCCGCCAGGUGAGGAUCACCAUCCUCGGGGAGGAGGGGGUUCCCGUGCAGGUGGACGGAGAGGCGUGGAUCCAGCCACCUGGCAUCGUCAAGAUCGUCCAUAAGAACCGAGCGCAGAUGCUCACCAGAGACAGAGCGUUCGAGAGCACGCUGAAGUCGUGGGAGGACAAGAGGAAGAUCGACAGCUACCGCGACACCAGGCCCCGCCUUAACUCUCAGCAGUCCAUGGAGUACCUGACUGAGGAGGAGUGCGCUCAGGUGCAGCAGCUGGGCAUCGUGGCCGACACGCUCAUCACCAAGAUCCGCGAGGCAGCCAAAACCCACAAGCUGGUGGAGCAGGAGCUGGCUCACGCUGUCAACGCCACGGCCCUGGUGCUCACGGAGGCCAAACUGUCCAGCCCUGAGUGUCUAAGUCGCACCACGGCGGUGGAAAUCGUCAACAGCAGUAAAGUUCUCCAGGCCGAGACCAGCAUGCUGCUUGAUGGAAAACUACUGUCAGAGUCUCCAGAGGAAGAGGAGCUUCGGUCAACUCUGAACAGCCUCAGUGCCGAGCUCCACAAGCUGGAUGACAUCCACUGGAUCUGUCCACUCAUGCAGUGCUCCGAGGAGGACUCGGUGAGGGGCAGCAGUAAGAGCAGCAGCAGCAUAAAGCUGAAGAUAAUACCCAAGGUGAAGAAGGAGAGAGAGAAACUCCACAAGCAGAAGUCCAACAGCUCUCUCUCAGGAAAUUGGGAUAUCAAAAGUGGGGCUGGUGAAGUAGAUUCGUCUGGCAACUGAAAUCCUGCAUGAGGUGCUUUAUUACUGCCCCCUGCUACCCUGAGAACCAGGGGUGAAGAGCACCCCUCCUGUUCUCCUCCCCUCUAAUCGCGAUACCUAGUGGCCUGACAGAGGUGUGAGGAAGAAAAGGAAAACCAUCUUCCCAACUUUUAUGCUAAUUCCUCCCUGUUUAACUUCUUUACCCUCCAUUUUUGCAGGGAGGAGUUUUCUUUGUUCUAUUUCUUAUUUUAUUUCUUAUUUUAUUUUUGGAAGGGGCCUGGCUUUGCAUCGCAUUGCUUCUCCAUUGGCGUUCUGCUUUUGGCUCUGUUUACCUGCUUGAGUUAGGAAGUUGCCGUGGCCAGCAGCGAAUCAAACGGAGGAAGUGGGAGGCGUGAAACAUUUGCACGUUCUCGCAAAUGGUCUUUUUUUGACAAAGAAUUGUGUUUACGUGGUGCUCUCCUUGCAUGUCGAGUGCAGCUAUCUUAUUUUAUAUUUAUCAUACGUUGUUACAGUCUUUUAAUUCUCUUCUCUUCUUUAUUUCUCAACUUAUGAAUAGCCUUUAGACUUUGAUUUAUCUUGAGACUUUUGAAGAGUAUUUAUUUCUUGUUGCUACUGCCAUGAGAACUCAAACGGCAACAAAUCAACAAAAAUGAACAAACUGAAACAUCUCAAACUUCAUCUACUGAACUGGAGAAUAUCUUAAAUGUUGCAAAAAAUGUAAGGAGGAAUGUACUUGUGUGGACUUGUAUUAUCCUGUGAAUGAUAAUGUGUAAUGAUAAAUCAUAUAAGAUUUGA